AGACUCAUCCUCUACUCAUUGUGGUUUUACAAUGCUGUCAAAGACACCCAUAGCUGAUUUUGAGGCGCCAAUCUGGCACCGAUUCGUCAGGUUCAUUGCAGACGAUGGUCUAGAGUAUUGUGGACAACCAGCAUCUGACGAAAUUGAUGGUGAGCGAUUAUUGCCACCAAUCAGUGCUGUGCAAGCCGGAGCGAUUCAGUGCAUUGGACUGAACUACAUUGACCAUGCGGCAGAGAUGAAGGUUGCGACACCGGAAUACCCGGAAGUCUUUCUCAAACCAGCAACUACAAUCACCACCGCAACUGGGCCAAUUGUCAUCCCGAAAACAUGCCACAACCAGGUCGAUGGAGAAGUCGAGCUCGCGAUCAUCGUCGGAAAAGAUUGCAAGGAUCUCACGCUUCACAAUGCGAUGGAUCAUGUACUUGGUUACGCAGUCGCUAACGAUGUGACAGCUCGCAAGUUCCAAGCGAGAGGCAGUCAAUGGGGGUUUAGCAAAGGAUUCGAUACUUUCUGCCCACUAGGUCCUGUGAUUGUCAACAAACAAUCGUUGCCUGAUCCUAAAGUGCUGGAACUAAAGACAACACUGAACGGAAAGGUCAUGCAAGAUGGCAAGGCGGAGAACAUGAUCUUCAGUAUUGAGGAGAUCUUGGUAUAUUUGUCUAGCGUGAGUAGAACCCAGAGGAUGUUCUUGAAAGUGGCUAAUUUGAUGAUCAGNGGACACACCCUGAAGAAGGGCACAGUAGUUUUGACGGGUACGCCAAGUGGUAUUGGCGCGAGUUACGAUCCUCCAAUCUACCUCCAGACUGGCGCAGAUCUGAAGGUGUCCAUAAGUCAUGGUUUGGGUACCUUGGUCAACCCUAUCGUC